GGAACCACCCCAGCUGGACAGUGACGCACCUGGCCGUGGAGCUUGGCAUUCGGGAGUGUUUCCAUCACAGCCGCAUCAUCAGCUGUGCCAACAGCACAGAGAAUGAGGAGGGCUGUACCCCACUACAUCUGGCCUGCCGCAAGGGUGACAGUGAGAUUCUGGUGGAGUUGGUACAGUACUGUCACGCACAGAUGGAUGUCACUGACAACAAAGGAGAGACCGCCUUCCAUUAUGCUGUGCAAGGGGACAAUCCCCAGGUGCUACAGCUCCUAGGAAAGAAUGCCUCAGCCGGCCUGAACCAGGUGAACAACCAAGGGCUGACGCCGCUGCACCUGGCCUGCCAGAUGGGGAAGCAGGAGAUGGUGCGUGUCCUGCUGCUCUGCAAUGCCCGCUGCAACAUCAUGGGGCCCGGUGGCUUCCCCAUCCACACAGCCAUGAAGUUUUCCCAGAAGGGGUGUGCUGAAAUGAUUAUCAGCAUGGACAGUAACCAGAUCCACAGCAAGGAUCCUCGCUAUGGAGCCAGCCCGCUCCACUGGGCCAAGAACGCCGAGAUGGCCCGAAUGCUGCUGAAGAGGGGCUGUGACGUGGACAGCACAAGUGCCUCGGGGAACACAGCCCUGCACGUGGCGGUGAUGCGCAACCGCUUUGACUGUGUCAUGGUGCUGCUGACCUAUGGGGCCAACGCAGGUGCCCGAGGAGAGCAUGGGAACACACCACUGCAUCUGGCCAUGUCGAAAGAUAACAUGGAGAUGGUCAAAGCCCUCAUUGUAUUUGGGGCAGAAGUAGACACCCCGAAUGACUUUGGGGAGACUCCUGCAUUCAUAGCUUCCAAGAUCAGCAAGCCUGUGCCCAGCCCUGGGUUCAGAACCAACCCUAUAGAAAAGACAUAAAGUCCAAGGAUGCCAGC